ACCCGGCCGGGGGAAAAUUGGCCAACGGCGAGGGGAAGAGGGAGGGGGAGAAUGGAAUUGGGGGAGGAAUGGACGAAACAACAAAUCAGCAAGGGACGGGCAAUGGAUUGACAAGACGAGGGGUAAAAGUGAUAAAGAAAGAAAGCAAAAGCGAGGCCGGAAAAGGCAAUUUUCCCAUAAAGUGAUUGCAAGACCUUGAUUUGCCAUGAGAGAUGGACACUGCUUCUCCGCUUUUUGGGAAGAUCUCCCCGAUCAACUGGCGUGGCAGCUAACGAAAGGGAGAGGAGGGGAAAAACAUCCGGCCUCGAGAGUGUGGAGGAGAAAGAGGGAAGGCAUUCGUGCCAUACGGACUGGCAUGCAGUCGAAUCCGUCAACCAGAUCGGGGAACGAGGAAGAGGAGGAGGAGGAGGAUGAUGAUGAUGACGAUGACGUCGACCAGCUUACAGUCUCCUCCAUCAACCUGAGACAACAGCAUCCGUUAGCAUUGGGGAAAGGAAUCCCAGGCACCUGGUCGGUGGUUCAUCCGCCGCGGUAAACCCGUAGUCGCAGACCGGCGGCAUCAUGUGUCUGAGCGGCUUCUCCUCGCUGGGAACU